UUCUUUCUCUCUCUUCUUUCUUGCCACCUCCACUUAUUCUUCUCCAUUUUCCUCUGUCUGUUCUUCAUUUUCUAUCUGAAAAACAGUAAAAAAGAACAUUUUUUUGGCUUUCAUUGAUACCCCUUUUGUUUCUCUCUGAAUUUUGCAUCACGAGCCUUAGCUCUCAGCAUGGUUUCAGUUGGAGCUGUUCAUAGUGCGGUCUAUGUGCUCCUGCUUUCAGUCACUCUGGUUUUGGGUGGGGACAUAGUUCACCAUGAUGAUGUUGCCCCCAUAAGGCCUGGUUGUGACAACAACUUUGUUUUGGUAAAAGUCCCCGCUUGGAUUGAUGGUGUGGAAAAAAAUGAGUAUGUUGGUGUUGGUGCGAGGUUUGGCCCUACGUUGGAAUCAAAAGAAAAACGUGCCAAUCUUACCAGAGUUGUCAUGGCUGAUCCUCCUGAUUGUUGUACAAAGCCUAAGAAUAAACUCACCAGCGAGAUAAUUUUGGUGCACCGAGGAAAAUGCAGUUUCACUACAAAGGCGAAUAUUGCUGAUGAAGCUGGUGCUUCAGCCAUCCUCAUUAUAAACUACCGUACAGAACUUUUCAAGAUGGUUUGUGAAGAAAAUGAAACUGAUGUUGAUAUAGGAAUACCUGCUGUCAUGCUUCCCCAAGAUGCUGGAUUGACUUUGGAAAGGCAUAUUAAAAAUAACUCCAAUGUGUCCAUACAGUUAUACUCUCCAUUGCGCCCAUUGGUUGAUGUUGCGGAAGUGUUUUUGUGGCUUAUGGCUGUUGGUACCAUUUUAUGUGCUUCAUAUUGGUCUGCCUGGAGUGCUAGAGAAGCAGCUAUUGAGCAAGAGAAGCUUUUAAAGGAUGCUUCAGAUGACUAUACUAAUACAGAAAAUGUUGGUUCCACUGGUUAUGUGGAAAUUAGUACCAUAGCAGCAAUCUUAUUCGUCGUGAUUGCUUCAUGUUUCUUGGUUAUGCUGUAUAAAUUAAUGUCAUUCUGGUUUGUUGAAGUUCUGGUGGUUCUGUUUUGCAUUGGCGGGGUAGAGGGACUGCAAACUUGUUUGGUGGCCCUAUUAUCAUGUUUUAGAUGGUUUCGCCAACCUGCCCAGACAUUUGUGAAGAUACCCUUCUUUGGAGCUAUCUCAUAUCUGACACUUGCUGUUACUCCAUUCUGCAUAGUGUUUGCUGUGGUUUGGGCGGUUUGUCGCCAUGAUUCAUGGGCUUGGAUCGGUCAGGAUAUCCUUGGUAUCACAUUGAUAAUUACAGUUCUUCAGAUUGUUCGCAUACCAAAUCUAAAGGUUGGGACUGUUCUUCUCAGUUGUGCAUUCCUAUAUGACAUCUUCUGGGUGUUUGUCUCUAAAUGGUGGUUCCAUGAGAGUGUGAUGAUAGUGGUAGCUCGUGGUGAUAAGAGUGGAGAAGAUGGCAUUCCCAUGCUUCUCAAGAUACCUCGUCUAUUUGACCCUUGGGGUGGUUACAGUAUCAUUGGAUUUGGGGACAUAAUCUUACCAGGACUUAUAGUGGCAUUUUCACUAAGGUAUGAUUGGUUGGCAAAGACGAACCUUCGUGCUGGAUACUUCUUGUGGGCAAUGACUGCUUAUGGUUUAGGUCUCCUCAUCACAUAUGUGGCUUUGAACUUGAUGGAUGGGCAUGGUCAGCCAGCUUUGCUUUAUAUAGUUCCAUUUACACUUGGCACCUUUUUGUCAUUGGGAAAAAAGAGAGGCGAACUCAAGAUUUUAUGGACAAGAGGGGAACCAGAAAGGCCUUGCUGUCAUAUCCAAGAGGAUAAUCAAUCAACUAACAGCCACCAUUGAACAGCAGCAGGCUUGUAUCCUACUUGGUAUAUUAAUCUAUAGGAGAGUGGUAGAAACUCCUAGGACAUUGUGUAACUUUGUUGUAACAAUUUCAGCCAAAUGGUAUGAUAGCAUGCACUUAAAUCCUCCUGAGAGAUAUCACCCAAUUGUUCUGAUAUUGAAGAGGACCAUGAAUCUGUGUACUGUAACCUUAUUUUUUGUGAGAUAGCAGAUGGAGAAUCCAUGAGGGUCUGAACAAAACCAUGCCUUUGCCAACCAAAAUGUCAAGAAGCAAAGAUACAUGCAUAGAAAAUUCCGAUCCAAGAGGGGAGGCACUGUUGGAAAGGCUGCUAACACUGAGAAGCUGCUGUUUACUAUAUAAGCAUAACUUAUGUUGUAUUAUUAUCAUCAUUACUAUUGUUAAUGUUGUAUUGUAUGGGAUUUGAAGUUGAAGUUAGCUAAAUUUUUGUUCCUGUAAGAUUUUUCAUGUUACCAAUUUCCUUAAAUCUUUCGAGAUGAAGAGGAAAGACAUUGAUCUGUCUAGUCUUUGGUGUUUUGUAUAUGCCAGUUCUUGCAUGAAAAGUUGGCUA